AUGAUUUGGUUCCUCAUUGUGGUGGUCUUAAAAAAUGACAUAGAUGCCACUCAACAGACGAAGCUCAGACGACAAAAAAGAGAAUGGGUGAUUCCCACGAAGCUUGUUGAAAACAAGGACUACAGAAACAGAGAUUAUAUUGCGAAAAUUAGAUCUGACAGCGAUCUCGAAGAAAAUGUGAAUUACUUCUUGGAAGGACCAGGUGCUACUGAAGACCCAGUUAAUCUCUUCAUAGUUAAUCAGAUCAGUGGCUUCGUUAGGGUUACUGGCAUUUUAGACAGAGAAAAAAUAUCAAGGUACAAUAUGAAAGGUUUUGUAAAAUUCAGCAAUGGCUCUUCAGCAGAAGAUUCGAUUGACCUAAUUAUCGAGGUUGUAGAUGAAAAUGAUAACUCACCCAUAUUUGAAAAAUUACCACCUGUUUCUGUCAUGGAAGCCAGCUCACCAGGUACCUUUGUCACUCAAGUAAAUGCCACAGACAAAGACGACCCUGAAACCCUCCAUGCUAAAAUCGCAUACAAAAUUAUUCAUCAGGAACCCCAAGACAUUCAAAAUAUGUUUGAGAUCAGAUCUGAAACAGGAGAAAUUUACGUUACUAAACCUACUCUGGAUCGAGAAAGAAGCAGUUCAUACAUACUGACAAUAGAAGCUUCAGACAUGGAUGGUAAACCAUGGGGGAACACUGGAACAACUACAAUGAAGGUUAUCAUUGAAGACAUCAACGACAACAUACCAAGUUUAGAAAAGGAUGAGUAUGAUGCCAGUGUAGAUGAGAACACAGCCGAUGUGGAAGUGCUGAGAAUGAAGGUCUUGGACAAUGAUUUAGAAAACACUGACAACUGGCUGGCCAUGUUUGAAAUAGUGUCAGGAAACGAGGAUGGCAUCUUCAGUAUUGAAACAGACCCCAAGACCAAUGAAGGGGUCUUGAUCUUGAGAAAGGAAGUUGAUUACGAGAAAGUUCAAAAUUUCCAGCUGGGAGUGGUUGUUAGUAAUGUGGCACCCAUGCAAGCAGAGGCUAAAGUUGAAGAAGGGGAUUCUGUCUCUUCUAUGGGGCCAAGUUCUUCCUCUGGCUCAGGUUCCAGCUCAGCCACCAGCCAGGGAAUCAGAAAGCUCAAACAAUACCCAAUAAAGAUCAAUAUGAGGAACCUGAAGGACAUGCCCAAGUUCAGCCCCAGUGUGAUGACUGUGUCGGUAUCUGAGGACCGCUCAGAGGUGAAACUUCAGCAUCCCAUUGCUACAUAUCCAGCUUUUGAUGAAGAUACAGGAAAGAUUGCUAAAAAUGUCAGGUACGCCAAAGGCUACGAUCCAGAAAACUGGCUCUCGGUCGAUGAAAAUACAGCUGAAAUCAAACUGAUGAAGAUUCCGGACCGGGAGUCUAAAAAUGUGAUUAAUGGGACAUAUCAUGCAAAAAUCAUCUGUAUGACUUCAGAUCUGCCAUCCCAGACGGCCACAGGUACCAUCGCUCUCCAGGUCCAGGACACCAAUGAUUACUGUCCUCACCUGUCCAGUACCUACCAGUCCCAGUGCUCAGGUGACCACCCUGUGAUCGUCACAGCUGUCGAUGAGGAUUUUGAACCAAAUGCUGCCCCCUUUGAGUUUGCAAUUGUACCAGAACGUACUAGAGGUCAAUGGAAGUUGCAGACAUUUGAUGACAAGAGUGCAGUAUUGAGAUCCCAAGAUGACCUGUGGCCAGGUUUCUAUGAGGUCACUAUGAUAAUAAAAGACCGCCAAGGACUUGCCUGCCCUGACAACCAAGUCCUUCGUCUCGACGUUUGCACUUGUACAGAAAAUGGAGACUGUAACAUCAGAUCAGAUCUACUGCCCUCAAAAUCCUUUGGGAUCAGAGGAAUAUUUACAGCUUUCCUUGGAGUUUUGCUGCUUAUAUUUGUACCCCUUCUGCUGCUGUUCUGUACAUGCCGGGGUGCUGGUGCUGGGGGGAUUGCAGGGGGCUUCGCCGACAUUCCCUUUGACACAAAAGAAUACUUGAUUGCGUACCAUACUGAGGGACAGGGGGAGGAUAAGGAAGUCCCGCUAAUGCAUAUAGUUGCUGAUUUGGACAAUGGGUUCAGUAAAACUGGAUGGCCUCCUGUACCUGUAGGCACUGGUCUCCUGUUCACUUCCAUGACAGGUGGUGGUGCUAGUUCCUUUUUUCAGGCAAAUGACCUCAUGGAAAUGGAUUAUAUGCCACAGAGGGAAACAAUAGAUAAGGACCAAGGAAGUUCUUUCUUAAGGUUUGAAAGAGCUGAAGGUGAUAUAUAUGAUGGAAUAGCCCUGCCUGAUCAUUAUCUGAAAGACAACUUUGCACAGAAGGCCAGCUGUGCAGCAGGGAAUGAAGCCACGAAAGAAGACUUGUUGGCAUUUAACUUCGAAGGACACGGAUCACCCGUGGGGUCUGUUGGGUGCUGCAGUCUCCUUGAGGCAGACAAUGAUCUGGAAUUUCUGAACAACCUGGGCCCCAAGUUCAAAACCCUGGCGGAGAUCUGUAGAGGUCCAGAAGUGGAACCAGAGGUGUCCGUCCCACCACCACAGCCCAAAGCAGAACACACCACGAUGACAAGUGUGGUCACAAACAGUGCUCUCAGUGCGUCUAGUUUACCUCCACCCAGUAGCCAUGUGGAAAAGCAUGUUGUCGCAGAGACGAGUCGCACGGCUACUCUUCCUAGUGUGACAGUUCGUGAGAAUGCGAUGAUUCCUAAUCAGGCGUAUGUCAUUCAGCAGCCUGUGUACCUCGCCUCGACCCCUGUGUUGCAAACAACUCAGUAUGUUAUGGAGCCACAGGUUCACAACACUGUGCUGGUGUCAGAGUUGCCCUCAGUUUCAAACAUGCAGACAAUGUAUGUAGUAGAUGGUGUUCCAGGCCCAGAAAGCGUGAUUAUGAAGGAGCGGGUUGUGACAGGUCCGGCUGUUGGAGGGGUGGUCAGCAGUAGUGUAGGUACUGGUCAGGUGGUACGAGAGGGUUUAGUGGGAGUGAACUCAGGCCUUGUAGGCAUGAAGAAUCUCUAUGGAUCACAGAACCUUAUUUUAUUGGAAGGAGCAGGAAGCGGAGGCCAGCUUCUCCAGAAUGGAACCCUGCAGAAGCGUGAUCUGUCUGGAUCUCAGAAAAUCUUGCUGGUGGAUGGUCAGAUGGCAUCUGGACAGGUGAUCCCAGGAGGGUCUUCUUGGGUCCAGCAAGGGUCUCUACACAGGGGAAACCUUUCUGGGUCUCAGAACAUCCACAUUGUGGACGGACAGGGAGCCAGCGGAUUGGUAGUGCAGGCGGGAACCUCAGGGUUGACCCAGGGGGUACUUGGAGUAAUGGGGUUAAGUGGAGGCUCUUUCCAAGUAAAUGGUUUUCCUGUCUCAGAGAAAGUGAUCACUAAGGAGAAGAAGGUUGUUUCUCUGCAAAAGAUACCUGCAGAAGACAAGUCACACAGCUACUCUUCCUAG